AUGUUUGCUAAUAAUGAAGAAUUUAUAGCUCUUUAAAAAAUAGAAAAAGAGUUACAAGCUGAUCCAGCGCUAUUUAGUAUAUGUAAAUAAAUAGUAUAGUAAAAUUAAAGUAAAAUAUUUUUAAAGUAGAUUUACGAUUAUUGCAAUUUUUUUAUGAAUUUUUCAAAUAACUUCUUUCAAAUUUACAAUUCAAUGAUUCAAUACAAAGGGCAAUUAAAAUUUUGAAUUCUUUUCUUAACAAAUAAAAAUAGAAAAAUAAAGAUGCUUAAAUUAUUGAUUUAGGUCAUUAUAUUAAUUAAAAGUAUUAUGAUAUAAUAGGUAUGAUUUAAUAUAAAUAUCAAGCAAAUUAUUAUGAAAAAGCAAUAUUAGGAGGGAUAGAAGAAGCCAACAAACAUGUUAAUUAUAUUUAUCUGAAAAAAAUUGUUAAAGAUUAUUUUGAUAGCUCUUAAAAUUCAAAUCAAUCUGUUUCUAAAUCUAUUCUAAAUUUAAUUGAAGAAACCUAUAGAAAUUUAUAAGGUUCUCCGCAUUCUGAUUUUGAAGUUUCAUUGUUUGAAAGCUUAAAUCCAGAAGAAUGUGAAUUAUUUACCUAAAUAGUUUCUGAUGAUUAAAAUAAGAAACCUAAAAAAUCUGAAAGUUUAUUUGAUAAAUUUUUAAUCACAUUGUCAACAGAUUACUAAGAAAGAUAUAGGAAUUAAAACUGUAAAAAUGUAUAAGAAUUUUACACUAACUUAAAAAUGUAAAAAGCUGGAGUUGAAAAGAUAUUAGGUUACAUUUUUUAUGAAAACUUGAAUUAAUAUGUAAAUUAAUAAUAUCUUAUAAAUUAAACUUAAAAAGUAAAAUCAAAAAAGAUAGAAUUGUAAAAUAUAUUAACAGAAUUAGAAAAAGAUCUAUUAGAAUAAAAAAGUAAUUAUUUUAGUUUUGUGGAAAUUUAAUAUGUAAAAUAUUUUUACAAAAGUAUAAAAUCAAAAAAAUGUUAAUAAAGUCUUUAGUAAAACUUUUCAUUUAGAAGAAAAUUGUUAGAAUUUAUAAAACAAGAAAUAAAUGCUUCAGAAACACCAAAGAAUUGGAAAAGAUUUCAAUAAAAUACAUGGUAAGAAAUUCAUUCAGAACUUUAUAUUAAUUUGAAUGAUAUGACUACAUAAGAGGAUGCUAUUUUAUAAUUUAAAAUAAUUUAAUCAAUUCAAUAAUUAAUUAUUCAUUUUUUCCGCUUUAGAUGGAAUUAUUUAUUUUUAUUUUGCAUAAUUAUUGUAGAAGCAAACUUUAAAGCAGAUCAACUAGAUAAUAUGAUUAAUAUUGCUUAUGAGAUGAUGAGUUCCACUACAAAAACCAACCUUAAUAUUCCUUUUGGAUAAAUUUUAAGAAUUUAUAAUUAAAAAGCUUAAACUUCAAUAUCUUCAAUAUUUUUAGAAAAAUAUGGAUAAAAUCUAGGUUAUGAUUCAUUAUUAAAUCUUGAAAGCUAAUUGAAAUCUAUUCAUAAUAAAAUAGUUAGGCUUUCUUUAGUUUAACCAAAUUUUUAAAAUAAAAUCAAAUUUUAUGCAGAAUUAAAAAAUUUCGAAUAGAAGUUGAUUAAUGAUUGUAGAGAUUACUUAAAAGUCUAGAGAAGAGUUUUUGAUUAAUUGACAGAUUCUAUAUUAGAUGGAGAAAAGGAGGAAAAAGAAUGGAAAACUGUAUUUUUUAAAAGUCUAACAUUUUAUUCUUAAAAAUUGACUUCUAUUUUUAAAGAAAGACCUUCUAAUGACUUCGCUAUCAAACAAUAAUUUUAACAUUAUACAUAUAAUGUUUAUAAAUUAAAAUAAGAUUAUGAAAAUAAAGCCUUAGAAUAGUUUUAAGAAUUAUUUGCUAGGGAAGAAAAAAUUUGUUCUAUUUGUAUUUAAUUUAUUUAACGAGAUAUUGAAAAAAUAAUUAAUUAAAAUUAAUAAACUCAUACUUAAUUAUAAUAACAUAAAGAACUUAUUUAUAAUUUUGUAGACAUUUUUUAUAAAGAUAAUCCAUUUAUUUUUUUUUUGCCAUCAUUACUAAGAGGAUUAUAUUAUUUUAAACCGAAAUAUCCAUCUGUUGAAAAAAUUGAAAGAGUAAAAUUUUUAGCUGUUGCUUUGAAAGAUAAAGAUUAAAGUGAAAUAAAUAAAUUUUUUGAUUGUCUCACACCUACAAGAGAUUAAAAUAAUUUUGAAUGGUAAUUUAAGAUUUCUUAAUAAAUUUUUAAUUUUUAUUUAAACUUAAAUAUUCCAUCAAAUAUGGAAUAUUAACCUUUGAAUGAACAAUUUCCUAAUUUUAAUUAAAUGAAAACUAUAUAAGAUUAUAAUUCAACUUAAUUCAAUGCAAUAUGUGUUUUUACAUCUAAAUUUUUUAGUUAAGAUACUAAAUUUCAUCUUAAAAAUGAAGAAUCUUUAAGACCAGAAUUUUAAAAAAAAAUUUACUAAUACAUGAAGGAUAAAUCUAAUUUUGAAAGUAUAAAUUAAGACUAAUAAAUAAUGGGAUAAAUGAUAUAAUAUUUUAAUGAGCUAAGACAUUAUAAAUAAUAAUUAAUUAAAGAAGCAACCUAAAGUGGUGAUCAAAAUUUCAUUAAUAAAUGCAUUGAAUUAUUUCAAAAAUAUUUUUAAAAGAAGUCUAUUGUUUCAGAAAUGAUGGAAUUUAAAAAAAAUUAUAAAAUAUCUCUUAAUGAUGUUGAAAAUUAAUCAAUUGCUCAGAUUUUUUUAAAUACUGUUUAAUUCCAGGAAUAAAAGUAGUUAGAUUAAAUAAACAAAAAAAAAUUAGAAGAUUAUCUAAAAUAAUUAAGCAUGCUUCCCGUAAUGCAAAUAUAUGAAAAAAUGUAAAAAGACUAAACGCAAUUAUCAGAUACAUAUCUGAGAGAAAUAAUAAAAAAAAACAUCCAUAAAUUGAAAGAUGAUUUAGAUAAGUAUGUAUUAAAACCUUAAUAAUAAAUAAAGUAAUCAAUAAUAUAGGUAGCAAUAAUUAAUAAAUUUCAUUCAUUAAAAUAAGAUCCAAAAUAUAAAGAUAUAUAAACUGAUGAUUAAUCAGUUUUAGUUUACAUAAAUGAUUAAUUCAAUUUAUAUAUGAAAGGUUUGUUAGGAAAAGUGAUUCAAUCAGUUUUAACUUAAAAACCUGGUUAUGAAUUUAAAGUAUACUAAAAUAAGUAUGCUACUUCAGAUACACAAUCAAUAAGAUACAAACAAUAAAUAGAGAUGUAAAAAAAAUAUGGACCAAAUAAAAAUCAAUAAAGUGAUUAAUCUUUAUUAAUAAGUACAGAAAAUAAACCUUAAUUAAUUUAUGAACUUUGUGAUUAUACACCUGUAUAAAGGUAGGUAGAAUUUAGAAAUUUUUUAAUAGAAAUAGAACCUUAAUAAGAGGAAAAAUUAAAAAACAAGAUAAGAAAAAAUAAGUGGAAAGAAGAACACCCAGAACUUGAAGAGAUUUUAAAAAAGAGAAUCAAAAGAGGAGCAGAAUUAUGGAAUCAAGUAUAAGAUUUUCUUUGUAAAAGAGAAAAUAAUGAUUUUACAGGAGAUUCAGACGAAGAAUCAGAAAAGGUGAAAGAAUAAUAAUAAUAAUAAAUGGAAAACAUAGAUGAUGAUUAGUUAGAUAUAAAAAUAUAAGAUAUAUAACGUAAUUCAGAGCGCCUUUUAAUGGCUGGUAAAACCCAUAUUAGAACAAGGUAAAGAUUGAAAUUAAGUUAUUUAGAUUAAAUAAUAUGGAGGGUGAUAAUCCUUUGUUGACUUAAAAAGUUAUUACAGUAAAAACUGUUUAAUUUGUGCUUGAAUAGCAUCCCUAUUUUAGCAAAAGUAAAAUAUUAUACAAAUCUUAUAUCUUAUGA